AUGCCAGCGGAGACGAAGCGGGGACCGUUCCACGAGAACCCGCCCCGAGAUGUUGAUCCUGAGAUCGCCCGCCAACUCAAUUCAGAGCUGCAAGAUGGCACGCGCCCGACGACUGAGGCGCUGGCUCCCUUGGGGCUGCGGUAUCUGAAAAUCCUCGGCGCGGGGAGUCAAGGGACAGCCGUUCUCUUUGAGAUGGACGCUUAUGAUGGCACAAAGCGAAAGCUUGUUGCUGAAUAUGAAACGGCGCAAGAGGAUGACGACGAUAGCAUAGCCUGGGAGAAAGAAUGGAUGAGGGCCACGGUUGGUGCGAGACAUAUCAUUCAACGGCAACUCAUCCACGGCUUCGAUAUUGUGGAGGAUGAGGACGAAUAUGAAGACGAUUCAAAAAUGUAUUUGAUGGAGUUCAUGUUAUCUUUCGAGCUUGUAUCGCUAUGUCCUACCCAGAUCGGUGGUCAUUCGGUCUCAGUGCCAUUCAGUAAAGAGCUGGUCCCUACGAGGGCCAACGGCCGUGUACUUCCGCCGCAAGAUAAUGCCUUGAUAAAUUUGGAUAUCAACUACAAUAACGUUAUGAUCGGCGACUAUGAUGUUGAUCCUGGAGUACAUCCUCAUGAUGAGGUACCCAUCUUCAAGUAUGGAGGCUAUGUCCUCAAUGAAGCGUUCGACCACUACGAUAAGGGCCUGCGCAUGACAAUUGCGUGGAUUAUGGCGCAUUCUCCUGGCAAGCGGCCUGAGAUGCUGGAAUUACAAGAGAUCUUGAUGAAAGCAGUCCGUAGGGACUAUGAUGAAGGCGACAGGAUCUCGAUCGCGGAGCUUCUCGAGAGUCCCCCGCCGCCGCCGCCGUGA